CCGGGGAGGGGGCGCCCGCCCCGGCAGCCCCAACCCUGCGCGCGCCGCGGCUCGGAGACAGUUAGCGGCUAGUAAACAACAGCUGCGCGCGCACCCGCAUCAGCUGGCGCUGGCAUCCCGCACCUGCGACCUCCUCAUCCCUUCAUCCCCGACGCCCUCCUGCCCAGUCAGGGCCAGCCAGCGUGGCCGUCUCUUCUGCGGGCACCCGAAGGAAAAACGGCGAGGGGCUAACCUGCGCCGGGGCCGGGUAGGGGAGAAAGCGUCUCCCGGCCAAGGGGUGGCCCGUCCUAUCACGCAGGAGAAACCUAGUGGGCCGACCGUGGGCUCAGUGGACUAGCAACGACCUGCUACGACCCGAGGUGUCUUGAUCUGCUAGCCUCCUUCUCCCAGAUCCCAGGGACCUUUCUGCCUGGAGAAGAGCCGACACGCCACCCCCGCAGAUUUCUCGGAAGCAGGAAUCCGUUCUGUCCCUGCAUCCUCCUCUGCUCACCCUUCUGUCCUUAUUCUCUUCCAUCCAGUAGUGUGGGUUAUUUUUCCCGUUAUGCAUGCGCACCUCUCCCACCAGACCCAAGUGGAUUAUCGGCCUCAGAAACAUCGAGUGGUUCUGCACACACCUCCUCCCAGCGAGACCUGUGGGGUAUUCACGUGAUACACAACAGGUGCUGGUUUGCACCUUUUUGCAAUCUGAUCCACCCUAUAUUUGCUUGAUAAGGGUGGGCCUGAACGCACUUUGCUCACCUAGAACAGUGGGACGCUCACAGAUAAAAGACUAACUACCUCGACAGGAGCCUGGGUUGUUGAGGGGAGGGAGGCUUUACCUGCUGCUCUGAGACCAUGGCACGGAGCCCUCAGCCCUGGACCAGAGGAGAUAGCUAAGUAGCUCUUCUUUCUGAAGGAACGAAAUUACACAAGAUUGGCAUCAUUUUGUCUUUUUUUUUUUCCCCUUGAAAAAUAUUUUUCAGCUAUUGGUGGUGCACUUUCUAGGACAGUCGGAUUGAAUUCUGAGUGGAAGGAUUCUUAUUUGGGGCUUUUUGUGUGGUGUGAAUCAAAGUAAUUGAGCUGGGUGUUUUUGUGUUUUUUUAAGUUAUCUUUUCUUUUUUUGCAAUCGAAAGUAACUAGCUUAGGAGGAAGAUUUUGCGAGGUUUUCCCUUUUUCUUUGUCCUUAAAAAAGGAAAAGAAAAAAGAGAAAUGCAUCCUCCAGAAACCACCACCAAGAUGGCUUCAGUUCGGUUCAUGGUGACACCAACAAAGAUCGAUGACAUUCCAGGUUUAUCAGACACAAGCCCGGACCUCAGUUCUCGAUCUAGUUCCAGAGUAAGAUUCAGCUCCCGGGAAAGUGUGCCUGAAACAAGCCGUAGCGAGCCUAUGAGUGAGAUGUCUGGGGCCACCACUUCACUGGCAACUGUUGCACUGGAUCCAGCCAGUGACCGGACUUCAAACCCUCAGGAUGUUACAGAUGACCCGAGUCAGAACUCCAUCACAGGGGAACACAGCCAGCUGUUAGAUGAUGGGCAUAAGAAAGCUCGAAAUGCUUAUCUCAGUAAUUCUAAUUAUGAAGAAGGAGAUGAAUAUUUUGAUAAAAACUUGGCACUCUUUGAGGAAGAAAUGGACACCAGACCAAAGGUGUCUUCUCUCCUCAACCGCAUGGCCAAUUACACUAAUCUGACACAAGGAGCAAAGGAACAUGAAGAGGCAGAAAACAUCACUGAAGGGAAAAAGAAGCCCACCAAGACCCUCCAGAUGGGUACCUUCAUGGGUGUCUACCUCCCAUGUCUACAAAAUAUUUUUGGAGUGAUCCUCUUUCUACGUCUUACAUGGGUGGUGGGCACAGCUGGUGUUCUUCAGGCCUUUGCAAUUGUCCUUAUCUGCUGCUGCUGUACAAUGUUGACUGCUAUCUCCAUGAGUGCCAUUGCCACCAAUGGAGUGGUGCCAGCUGGGGGCUCAUACUUUAUGAUUUCUCGGGCACUGGGCCCAGAGUUUGGUGGGGCUGUUGGCCUCUGCUUUUAUCUUGGUACCACUUUUGCAGCAGCCAUGUAUAUCCUUGGUGCCAUUGAAAUUUUUCUGAAAAUUGAAAAACUAAUACAUUGUGAGAUUGCUAUAAGAAUUAAACUGGCCGAAAAUGUUAAGUCACCAUUCAUAGUGCUGGUCGAUAAGGUCUGCAUGCUGGGUAACCGUACCCUUUCAUCAAGACACAUUGACAUUUGCUCUAAGACCAAGGAAAUUAAUAACUUGACAGUCCCAUCAAAGUUGUGGGGCUUCUUCUGUAACUCAAGUCAAUUUUUCAAUGCCACCUGUGAUGAGUACUUUGUUCACAAUAAUGUCACUUCGAUCCAGGGCAUUCCUGGAUUGGCUAGUGGUAUCAUUACAGAGAAUCUUUGGAGUAAUUAUCUACCCAAGGGAGAGAUCAUUGAAAAGCCCUCAGCCAAAUCAUCUGAUGUCUCAGGCAGUUUAAACCAUGAAUAUGUUCUUGUUGACAUCACCACCUCCUUCACUCUUCUGGUAGGGAUCUUCUUUCCCUCUGUCACAGGCAUCAUGGCUGGAUCAAACAGAUCUGGGGAUCUCAAAGACGCUCAGAAGUCCAUUCCCAUUGGCACUAUCCUUGCCAUCCUGACCACCUCCUUUGUCUAUUUAAGCAAUGUUGUCCUUUUUGGUGCAUGUGUUGAAGGGGUUGUUCUCAGAGACAAGUUCGGGGAUGCUGUGAAAGGUAAUUUGGUGGUGGGCACCUUAUCAUGGCCAUCCCCAUGGGUAAUUGUUAUUGGUUCCUUCUUUUCAACGUGUGGGGCUGGACUUCAGAGCCUCACAGGGGCACCGAGGCUGCUACAGGCUAUUGCUAAGGAUAACAUCAUACCAUUUCUGAGGGUUUUUGGUCACAGCAAAGCCAAUGGGGAACCUACCUGGGCUUUACUUCUAACUGCUGCCAUUGCAGAGCUGGGAAUCCUUAUUGCCUCCCUGGAUCUUGUGGCCCCAAUUCUUUCCAUGUUUUUUCUCAUGUGUUACCUCUUUGUGAACUUGGCAUGUGCCUUGCAGACAUUACUUCGAACCCCCAACUGGAGACCCCGAUUCCGCUACUACCACUGGGCCCUCUCUUUCAUGGGAAUGAGUAUCUGUCUGGCUCUGAUGUUCAUUUCUUCCUGGUAUUAUGCCAUUGUAGCUAUGGUAAUAGCUGGUAUGAUCUACAAGUACAUUGAGUACCAGGGAGCCGAGAAAGAAUGGGGUGAUGGUAUUCGUGGGCUGUCCCUCAGUGCAGCCCGGUUUGCUUUGCUUCGGCUGGAGGAAGGCCCUCCACACACUAAAAACUGGAGGCCUCAGUUGCUUGUAUUACUGAAACUAGAUGAAGACUUACAUGUCAAGCAUCCUCGCCUCCUCACCUUUGCCUCACAGCUGAAAGCAGGAAAGGGUCUCACUAUUGUGGGUUCUGUCAUCGUGGGGAACUUCCUGGAGAACUAUGGCGAAGCUUUAGCUGCUGAGCAGACCAUAAAGCACCUAAUGGAGGCAGAGAAGGUAAAAGGAUUCUGCCAGCUGGUGGUGGCCGCCAAGCUGAAAGAAGGCAUUUCCCACCUCAUCCAGUCAUGUGGCCUUGGAGGCAUGAAGCACAACACAGUGGUGAUGGGCUGGCCUAAUGGCUGGCGCCAAAGUGAAGAUGCCCGCGCUUGGAAGACUUUUAUUGGCACAGUUCGAGUGACAACUGCUGCCCAUCUUGCUCUGCUGGUGGCUAAAAACAUCUCCUUCUUUCCCAGCAACAUGGAGCAAUUUUCUGAGGGCAACAUUGAUGUGUGGUGGAUUGUGCAUGAUGGGGGGAUGCUCAUGCUAUUACCAUUCCUACUGAAACAGUACAAGGUGUGGCGAAAAUGCAGCAUACGGAUCUUCACAGUAGCCCAACUAGAAGACAACAGUAUCCAGAUGAAGAAGGACCUAGCUACCUUCCUAUAUCAUCUGCGCAUUGAGGCCGAGGUGGAAGUGGUGGAGAUGCAUGACAGUGACAUAUCAGCUUAUACUUAUGAGCGCACUCUGAUGAUGGAACAAAGGUCCCAGAUGCUCCGGCACAUGCGACUAUCCAAAACAGAGCGGGACAGAGAGGCACAGUUGGUGAAAGACCGAAACUCAAUGCUACGAUUGACAAGCAUUGGCUCUGAUGAGGAUGAAGAGACAGAAACCUAUCAGGAGAAGGUGCAUAUGACCUGGACAAAAGACAAGUACAUGGCAUCCCGAGGGCAAAAAGCCAAGUCAAUGGAAGGAUUCCAGGACCUGCUUAACAUGCGUCCGGACCAGUCCAAUGUAAGGCGGAUGCAUACAGCAGUGAAGCUCAAUGAGGUUAUAGUUAACAAGUCCCAUGAAGCAAAGCUAGUUUUGUUAAAUAUGCCGGGGCCACCCAGAAACCCUGAGGGUGAUGAAAACUACAUGGAGUUCCUAGAAGUACUCACCGAGGGACUAGAGCGAGUCCUCCUUGUCCGGGGUGGUGGCAGUGAAGUGAUCACCAUUUAUUCAUAAUCUACUUCUGAGUGACUCUUCUUGGCCUCACCUUUACUAAAUGGCUUCCAUCCUCCAUGGAAGUUCCAGCUCUUUACUCUUUACACUCCCACUCAGCUACAGGCCUGUGUUCUCUACACAUCACACUGAACUCUUGAUGACCUAAGCCUCAAGGACUUGUGCAAAAGAAUACAAAUAGAUUUGCUUUUUGCUCCCAUAUGAUCUGCUGUCUUACAGAAGAAGCAAAUACUCCCUCAACAUCAGAACAAUGAUCAAGUCCUAAAAGCCAUGUCUGUACCGGUCAAAGGCAAAUUACAAUUAACAAGCUAAGCCAAUAAAUGGAUUGGUAAAGGGAUGCUACAAAUUCAACUGAAGACAAAAAGCAAAUAUAUAUCCAACAUUAAAGAUGAGUCUAAGAAGUCAGAAAAUAAGGGCAGAAAAUAAGGUUAGUUUAGUGAUGGCACUGUGGGGGUAACAGCUAGACACAGCCUCAUCUUACUAAAGAAUUCAAGGCCAAGUAUAUGGGGACCUGUUACCCUUGUGGAGAUAACCUGUGGCAAGCCAAGAUGGAAACCUUUUUUAGCUAAUUUUCUUUAGUUGUACCCAGCACUCUCCAGGAGUCUAAUUUUAUAUUAGGGUACUAAUGUACAAAACCUGAAACAUGGCUGUAGCCUCUACUUUGUUAUUGAAAACAAGAUUCCCCCAAGGUACCAAGUUUAAGCAUCCAUACUGUCAGUGUAUAUCUUAAACUAUUAUAUUUUAAUUCAGAACCCAUUCUGUGUUGCCAUAGAAAUUGUCUUUUAAAAGGUAAAAAUGAUUUCUUCCAAGUUCUUUUCAAAUGGCUAAACUAAGGAAUUCCAAAAGGUAGCUAUUAAGAUUUAUUGAAAUACAGUCUAUGGUUAUCUACAUGACAUGGGCAAACAUAUAUGCUGUUAUCUCAGAAACAUAAGUCAUGAUACACAUUGGCCAGUAGGUUCUCUUUUCCUUAUUUUUGUGCCCUCUGAGGGCACAGGUCAAAAAAUCACAAGGAUCAAACACUAGGAAGACUGGCUAAAAUCCUUCUCUGAAAGCUUUGGACUGUCUUUUAAGGGGGGAAUCCAGCAAUGGAACUGGAAGUUCUAGAGCCAUAUUCUUUCCAUAGUGCCAAAGUUAUUGAGCUGCUACUCUCCUUACCUACUUCACUAAAGUGGCAUACAGAUUGGCAUUGGCCUGAUUCAAGAAACUUUUUUCACUUAGAAACCUGUGGCCUCGUCUCCAAAGCCAUAGUUAAGACUUGAGGCACUCACCUAAAUGCCCAAAGUAUGUGCAUUUUUCCCCUUUUCCUUUCAAUUUUAUUCUUCACUCUAAGUGCAGAAACUUGGCUCUGAACUAUUAUCUAAGCCAAUGGUGUUCUGCUAUUUCAGUUUUGUUUUCAGAAAGCUCUAAAUGUGCCAAGGGAAUAACUUAUUCCAAGCUCAGCUUUUUAUUUACUAAUUUACUGAUCACAAAACACCUGGCUCACAAGCAUAGGGAAACUGUGGCUGUGCAGUAAUUUCAAGUACAAGGGUACUUCAAAAAGUUCAUGGAAAAUAGAAUUAAAAGAUAGUACAAAUCUUUCUUUGAACUUUUUGAAGUACCCUCAUAUGUGAGUCUUCAUUUCUUAUGGGAUAGUUAUUUACAGAAACUGUUCUUGCCAGUAUCCAUGGUUGCUUUGGAAUCUCACCUUAUUAAUAAUGUCUCUCCUUAGAUUAAUAGGAUAUGGAGCAAGCUGACCUACAUGUCACAGAUUAUUCAUUUCACCCAUAAGGACAGAGAAGAAAACCCUUCAAUAUGGCUUAAGAAAUUGAGUUAUUUUUAUUUGUUCCUUUUGCUCCUCUUUAAUCUUCCAGGCCCACUCAAGGUAACAAAGCAGACAGGAUCUUAAGUUUUUUCUGCUCCUUCCUGCAGAGGGUAGAAUUGUUUACAACUACCAUUGCAUCACUCCAUUGCUUAGUUGAGUAUAGCAGUAGUGGGUCAGGUCCCCUAGACCCCAAGAUCUUAAAGACCUAUAGUGUAAAAGUCUGCCUGCCCAGGAAUUCUCCUACAUUUACAAACACCUCUGGCCAUAGUGAUAUGUAUUUUUUCCAUAUAAAAUAAAUAUGGGCAGAAAAUAAGGUUAGUUUUAGAAGUGUUGUUUAUGGUUGGAGCUCUGUAAGAAUCUUUUAAAGGGAUAAGGGAACUAGUGACUAUUAGUAUAGCCAUUACUUCAGCCCCUAAAACAAAAUCACUGUUACGUGGAAAAAUGGUUAUUAGACCAGAUUUUUACUCAUCUGUCUAGAGCAUUUCAUGUCUACAUGUAUUGCUGUUUGUCUGCAAAGUGUCUAGUCUCUUUUAAUCACUGCAAAUAAAGCAAUACCGAAAACUUGAUGAGAGAGAAUGCACCUUAGGGGAAGGGGCUUUAUGUUUCAAGAGGGAAGAAAAAGGAAAGAGACCUCCUCCUGCCUUUUAUAAGAUCCAGCUUUUAAGUCUUACCUAUGACUUUACCAGGGCAGGUUAUAAUAUACCUUCUCCUAUUGUUGGCCCUCUGCCUUCCAUAGCUAUCUUAAAAGCUGAAGUUUGAACUGCAGCAUCUGCUUGACAGGUGCCAGGUUCCUCUUGGCAGGAGAAAGAUCACUACUCUGUAUCUUCCAUUGCCUCAGAUUCCUGUGGCCCCAAGGAUCCCACCAAACCUCCUCAUUCCCCCUAAACAUGUUAAAAAUCCCUUAUUGUGGGUAUGUAAAUAACAAUUACACUGUAAGCAUAUUUAUGUGCUCUUUUUGUCUGGUUUAUUUUUCUUUUCAUCAUGUAUAAUCUGAAUCGAGCAUUAGUUUCUCAAAUCUUUCCCAAGUGUCUCCAGAAUUUUUAUAUCUUAGCUUGUGUUACAUAGAAGUAAAAUAUUAAGGAAAAUAGAUUUAAGAUAAACUUGUGCAACUUUUUUUAAAGCAUUGUUCUCAACCAUUUAAUUUAUUGAAAGGAGAUGCUGCUAUGGUUCUUGAUUUGGCAGCAGCCAUUCUUUGUUUACAUAGAGUUAUAAUUUUAUUUGUUGUUUUGCUCUGUACUGGAAACAUAAAUAAAGUUUUCUACAUUAUUUUCA